GAGGCAGCGGUGGACUUUCAGGAGAUGGUGGGAGCGAAGCAGAGCGGUUGUGGAGGAGAGUACAGGUGUGGAGAAAACCAAAAGGCACCACCACCACUCUUCUUUGCAGUAUGUUCAGAUUGGGGACUAUGUACCGGCAGCAUCAGCAGAGCUAUAAGGUGACGCAAGAAACGGGACACUCAAUGUUGAGACGGGCCCGCCCUCAGGUGGUAAGGGGAGGUAUUCUCUUAACCGCAUCGUUGGUUAUGGGCUUCUGCAGCACAGAAGGGGAGAGAGGCUGAGCAGACAGAACUGGCCCUCUGGCAUUGGUCCCUCAGUCUGCAGGCCAAGGUGCUGGAGGCUAUGGGUCGCGGAGCAGCACCGGAAGCAGGAGAGGCUGGCCCAGGCUGCCCAGUUCUAUAGAGACCAGCUUCUGAGGAAAGGGGUGGCCCACGCCGCUCACAUGGGCAGCUUCUGCACCAACAUAGCACUUCACAGCCAGAAGCAGAGUUCUUUGCGGUGUCUCCAGGGGUGGUGUUGCAAUGGAAACAGACAGCAGUGAGGGUGGCGGUGCGUGCUUCCAGAUGACAACCACAAUGGCCUAGAGUUCUGCUGUACUCCCCGGUCAAAGAGCUGCUACCACCUGCAGCUCCUCUACCACCUCCAACCCAGGUCCCAGUGACAGCGAGCCUCCACCAUGCUGCAGCCUCCCUCCCCAUCAGUCCCAUACUGGCACGCCCAGCGCCCCCAUCUCAGUCUCCCAACAGCCCCACAUUAUGGAUCAGUAGACCAGACUGCCCCUCUCCUCAUUCAUGACCACCUACACUCAAACUAAGGUUGUAAUGCAACAAAAUAGGAAAAAACACCAAGGGGGAUGAAUAUUUUUGCAAGGUUGUAAGGCAACAAAAUAGGAAAAAUGCCAGGGGGGUGAAUACUUUUGCAAGCCACUGUAGCUAAGACUUGAAGAGGUGUUGAGAAGCUGGCUGCAGACGAGUGGAAGUGAGGGAGAGACUGCGGAGAGGAACACAAUCAGCCAAGGGCUGGAUGAGGUAAGACUUGAAGGGAAGAUGCUGCGGUCAUUGGUAUAUGUAAGGGCCACAAUGUCUUCAAGGCAGAGUAAUUAAGGAUUUAUAAACAAACAAUGGUGAUUAUGAAAAUAAAAAAAAUGGAGGAAAAAAAAGUAUACUGGCUAUUCACCAGUCCAUAAAGAACCAGAACCAAUCAUUGAAGUAAUACUUUUUUCAUUGGUUUCCUAUCCACUUAUAAAUGAAUAACUAAACUGAUGGCUUUGAUUUAGCAUGCAUUCCUCUGGAGGUGUCAUUUUCAUGUGAGCCAUAAAUCUUCAGCUAUGAAAACGGAGCAGUCAGAAUUUACAGCAAGUCAUGUAUAUAAUAACCAUGCCAUAUUGUGCAAUGAUUUUUCCCAUUUUGUGGCCAUUCCAGAUUCAUUUCCAGCUCUUUGUAUUGUUAUUGACAGAUGGAGUGUAUUGGCAGGCUGUCAGCUGAGCUGGCAGAGCAGAAGCCUGUAAAUAUCUUGCAUGCUGCCAGGAUCCACAGAGAGUGUUCUCCACAGCAGCACAGCCACAGGACAGGGACUGGGACUGGGACAGGCGGUUCUCAGCAGGCCUCCAGAGCAUAGGGCUACUGAGCAUUACUCUGUCCACCACACUAGAUGACAGACCGGACCAUGGUCGCCCCAGUGGUGUAAGAGAAUGACAUGUUGCCAUUCUCCACUGGUUGUUUUUUAUAGUAUAAAAACAUCAUUAUUCAAAAUAGAGGAAGAUGUAUGGAAAUUGUUCAAUUGAAGCUUUUGAAUUAAAAACCCUGAUCUUGGUGAUAAUCGGUUGGACUGAAAAAUAAUGGCAUAUGGCAAGGCAGCUGUUUGAUUUAUGUUUGCCUUGACUAUACUGUAAUAGCAUUUUUUUAUAUGUAUAAUGUUUUGGUGUUAGUACAUUUUAAUAAAAUAUUGGCUACAUGCCUAAUUAUGUUGGUAUUUUCUGCAUUAAACUUUGCAGUGCUGGACUGUUUUUCACAAAACUAUUACCAAAAUAAAUAUAACACUCGAUUUUUAUUAUUACAUAAUCAUGCAUUCAAUGUGUUCACCGCGAUAAGCCAAACAAACUGGAGGUGUGAGAUACUGGCAACUGUUCUACAGAUCUCAAACGCGUAAAAGUGCUUGGAUGCGGGUCGUCCGCGUGACGUUACAUGGAAAUAUUUUCCAGAUGCGCGCAGAGCAGUGGCGCAGAAUCCCCUAUUUUUUGGCUAUUUCGGAAGUUCUACGCUUGCACAAUAGUUUGAUUUCUUUAGGUCGCCUGUAGUAAUAAGAAAUCAUGUUGAAUUAUGAAGACGGAUUUCAGGACGAAUUGGAAGGGGUCCGCCAACCUCGCUGCGUAAAGUAAACUGCGUUUGGUUUGUUCAGCUCUUCAGUCCUUUUCAGAGACCAAAAUGAGGGCAAUGCAUGCCAUUCUAAUAAUUUUCAUCUGCCUUCACUAUAGUUGGGGUAAGAAGGUGCGCUGGUGCACGGUGUCUGAGCAGGAGCAGAAGAAGUGUGCUGAGCUGGCCAAGGCCCUGGUGGCAGUGUUGCCUCCUGCUGCUGUGGCAGCAUUCGCAAGGCUCUCCUGUGUCCUUGCCUACAGCACCACUGACUGCAUCAACAAGAUCAGGGCUAACCGUGCUGACAUAGUAACAUUGGAUGCAGGGGAAGUCUACACUGCAGUGAAGCAGUUUGGCCUCACUGCCAUUGCCAAGGAGAUCUACAGUGACGGAGGCUGUAUUCUGUCGGUGGCGGUGGUGAGGAACCGCACCCUGGACGUGCGCUCCCUGCAGGGCCAGAGAAGCUGUCAUACUGGGGCCCGCUGGACGGCAGGCUGGAGUCUACCCUUGGGCUUCCUGCUGUCCCGCAACUACCUGACCUGGGCAGAGGAGCAGCCACUCAGUCAGGCGGUCAGUGCCUUCUUCAAUGCCAGUUGUGUUCCUGGGGCGGCUGCCAUAGCACCUGGCCUGUGUACCCUGUGUCAGGGUCAGAAGUCCUACAUCGCCCAGCGCAACUUCCACUGUGAGACGGCACAUGGCGAACCCUUCUACAACAGCCAGGGGGCGCUCAGGUGUCUCAAGACUGGGGCAGGGGAUGUUGCUUUUGUGGACCAUACAGCCCUGGAGGGUAUUGAAGAGAGUGAGAGGGAGGAUUACCAACUGCUCUGUACUGAUGGUACCCGUGCGCCACUAAGCCACUAUGGGAGCUGCAACCUGGGAAGGGGACCAGGACAGGGCAUGGUCACUCGACUCAGUGUUCGUAAGAUCGCACGCAAGUUCCUGGCAGCAGCACAGAUGGCGUUUGGCCGGCGGGGUCGAGAGAGGCAACGUUUCCAGCUCUUUAACUCUGCUCCGUUCGGCGCCGCUGAUCUGCUCUUCAAGGAUGUCACAGAGAAGCUGUCCAUUCUAGAGGAUAACAAGGACAUCAGUCAGGUGCUGGGGCUGGACUAUGUGGCUCUCCUCAAAGGCCUUGGUCAUGAAGGAAGCUCAUUGGAGGACAGUGUUGUGCGUUGGUGCUGCAUUAGCCAUGCAGAACAGAAGAAAUGUGAGCAGUGGGCUCUCAGCAUUAAGUCAGACCCAUUGGUGUGUGUUAGAGCCAUCUCCAUGAGCGAUUGUGUCGAGAAGAUUAAGAGAGAUGAGGUGGAUGCGGUCUCGCUGGACGCCACACACGCAUUCAUCGCUGGGAAAUGUGGCCUUGUCCCCGUGGUAACAGAGUAUUAUGGGAAGACGUGCGUACCGGCUGAGGGAGGAGCUGAAAAAGCAGGCCAUUUAGAGACAGAUGUUUUGCCGUCCGUCGUUGGUGUGGCGGUCGUGAAGCGCUCCACCAGGGGUGUGUUCUUUGGGAACUUUGGGGGCAGGCGCUCCUGCCACGGCCACAUGUACAGCCCUGCAGGCUGGCUUCUGCCCUUUAGACACACCCUCAGCCUGGAACACAACAACACCUCUCCCUGCGAACCAAACCAAGUGUACAACGAGGUGUUCUGGAAGGGCUGUCUCCCUGGUUCUCAGGGAAACCUCUGUAAAGUGUGUAUGGGGGGCACUGGGGAGGCUGCCACCAAACGCUGUGCAGACAACCACAACGAGCGUUACUACGGCAACAUGGGGGCUUUGAGGUGCCUGGUAGGAGAUGCCAGUGGGAAGAGCUAUGGAGAUGUGGCCUUUGUUGAGCAGCACAAUCUAGAGAGCAACAUCCUCAGUCUGAGCCCCAGUGGGUGGGCGGAUGGGUGGCUGUCCUGGGACUUUGAGCUUUUGUGUGGGGAUGGCCGGCGGGAACCUUUAUCUGAAUGGGAGAACUGUAACCUAGGAGCCAUCCCACCCAACAUCAUCAUGACAAGACCUGUGCUCACUUCUCGCGUCUACGACUUCCUCAUGAAGUCACAGGAGACUCUGGCAUCCAACCCAGACACAGAAUUCCGUCUGUUUCAGUCCCAGCAGUAUGGAGAGAGUGAUCUGCUGUUUAAAGACGCCACCCAGUGCCUCAUCCACACCAGUCACCUGGACUACCGCACCAUACUUGGAGAUGAGUUCUACAGACUAGCAGAGACUGUCUUCAACUGCACACACUCAGACAUCUUGGAAUUUUGCAACCAGGACGUGUGCAGCAUAUUUUGAGCAACUGAGAGAAGAGAAAUCACAUGUUUCACAUUGACCUAUUGUGGAAGCCCUGACCAAAAUGUUUGCCAAAAUGUAAUAUUGUUUCUUGCUUCUUGUAAUUCCUCAGUCCACACCCACCUGAAUGUUAAGAAUAUAUAUAGAAUUGUCAGAUACAUUUCAAUGAAAGCUUCUUUCUUUUCAGCAAUAUGUCAUUUUUCAAACUUUUGGUAAUGUGUGCAGGGGUUCCAAAAGUAGGGUCUGUAGCAAAAUCUCUAAAUAUUAAAACAAAUAUUUUAUUUUUAUUUUAGAAAAAUUACUAUCUACAACAAAUUAAAUGGAUUUUGGACAAGGGAUCCGUGGAAAAAGUUGAAGUUACAAUACAAUGUCAUAUUCAUGUUCUUAGCCCUUAUAUGCACAACAUGGGCCUGUGAGGCUCACAGAUUGGUCUUCACAAUACUCCAUCAAUGAUCUUGUUCAACAGAAUUCUUCUUCUAUUCCGCCAAAAUUUGGUUUUGAACACAGUGCAUUAUUUUAAUAUUGCAAAAUGUGUAGAAUUGCAAGAAAUUAGCUUUAAACCGGUAUGGUAUUGCCAAGGUCUGGACAUGCACUGUUUUAGUCAACGUAAAACUGCUUGUAUGCUAUUUUUAAUGCCGUCUACAGUAGGAGUUUUAUUCUGAUGAGGGCGACUGAUGCAUUUGCUGACACGAAAUGGGUCCCCGACGCAAACAAAGUUUGGGAACCCACUUGUGUACCACACACACUGAGCUAUGUACGUUGGUAAAUUCCACCGGACUACAAGUCCCAGCGUGCAUAGCGGGGGUUGCCGUUCUUCGUUACACUGGUAUUUCCUGUCGCUCUUUUUCGUAAGAGUUGGCUGCCUGCUACACUGUCGGCUGUUUAUUCAAUCAAACGUGUACCUCGUGCCAUUGUAAGGUACGUUACAUGACGCUUAAUUUUAUUACUACUUACAAUGUCUAAUUCAUGCCUUUUUGUGGUUCUAUGCUUCUUAUCGUAUUUACUCCACGUAACCUUGUUACUGAUGACAGGAGUUCAAAUGGUGAGCCAGAACUUGUACACAAAUCAGCCUUGACAAAAAGUCGAAUACCGUAAAAGACUAAAUGAACAAUGACUGUGUCAGAUAAAGCUAGAUACAUAUAAUUAUUGCUUGGUGACCAUAAUUAUAUUAUUUUAAAUAAAAGAUGUGACAAGCUUGCGAGGAAGCAUCA